AUGGAAGUCGAUCGGCAGGCAUUGUUGGAGCAAAAACGCCAAAGGCUCCAAGAGCUUAAACAAAGACGACUUCAGAAGGAGAAGGAGGAUGCAGAGAAAGCUAAGGCUAAAGAGAUUGAGGUGAAGCCUGAAGUUGUGGAACCAAAGAAUGUGAAUAGGGUGGAUUUUGCUGUUCAGGUGGGUGAAUCUGCUGAAGUAUCUUCGGUGGGUUUUCCGUCAAAACAAAGUCUGGUUAUUAGGUUCGAUAAGGCUAUACAAGUGCUGAUGGAAGAGCCAGAAGAGGACAGUGAAGAAGAGAAGGAGGUUGAAAAAGAAAAAGAGGUUGUACUACCGGAAACGCCAGAACCUCUGAAAUCUGAAUUGGUCAAUGAAGCCUUGCUGGGGCAAUUGGAGUCAAAGUUGAACUUUCCAUUCUCCAAACUACGGCUUGGAAUCAAGGACCAGAACGAGAUUAGGUCCCUGGAAGACUCUCCGUUCAUUCAAACACACUCAUUGCAUGGAUUCCUAGAUAGACCUAUUGUCGAUAUCAAGACGACACCGCAGUUUCCUGACCUAAUAUUGGUCGCUUAUGGUCUGAGCAAGACGAAACUGACCGAUUUGACAAACCCAAAGGGACUUGCCAUUAUAUUUAAUACUUCUACGGAAUCGGUGUUUCCUGAGUUCUUUCUUCACGCUACUAGCACUAUAACAACAAUUGUGUUCGAUAAGACGGACGCUUUCAGAGUCGUCGCCGGUAUGGAAAAUGGACGUUUAGCGCUUUGGGACUUGACAAACUUUAAGCCAAACCAGCUUUCUGUACUUCCUGUGCUCCAAACAUCUACAGUUGCUUCUUUUCACGAUCGAUCUAAGAAAAACUUCACAUUUCAUUCUAGUCCCAUUGUUCUGAUAGAACAACCUGACGCUAACUCUGCAAGUCCUUCUGUGGUAUCCAUAUGUUCAGAAGGAAUCAUAAACGUCUGGUCAUUGAGCAUACUAGCAUUUCCCAAAUUACCGUCCAAGGUUGUCCAUACAUCCACCGAACUGUCUAACACUUCCGUUGAUGUUACUUCGGUCCUUCUAUCAUCUCACUACAUGCUUAUUAACGAAUCGUCAUAUCAUGCUCCAGAAUUUAAGUUCCUCAACAAUACCUACUUAGGUUCAAUAAGCGGGGAUAUUUUCAAACUUAAGAAUAGCAAAGACGAAAAGCUAGUGGAUAAAACAUUUUCGACUGGGGCUCCAUGUACAGCCGUCCACUCAAUAGUUGAAUCGUCAUGGAAGCAUAAUCAGACUACUUCGACUAUCGUCAUUUCUUCGCAUAUGGACUGGUCUUUACGCAUUUGGCACCAUUCCUCUCCAAAGGCUCUUCUUGAGGUAUUCACUGAGAAGCUAAUCUCUAAGCUUCUCGUUCGGCCUGGUCAUGAAUUUCAAAUGGUUGCACUCAACUCUGUUACACCUCCCAAAGGCAGCAGCUCUCUUGAUUUUUGGGAUCUUGUUGUCAAGCGUCUGUCUCCGAUAUGCUCUGUGCCCUUACCAGAUGACUUUGGCGAUAUCCUGCUGUUGGUUCAAAGACUGGCCAAGUUAGCAUUUGGAGCAUAG